AUGCUUGCCAAGAAAAAGAAGAAACCUUGUCCAUAUGUCGUUCUGUCUUUCAAAUCUUUUCGACUAGCGCGUAAGUCCAAUAAACGUCGUGGUAUGGAUAAGAAGAGAAAAAAGUCGAUCUCUCUAGCCGAUUUUGGUGAAGCUGCAAUUGGGUCUUCGAUACCAUCGACUUCUUCUCCUGCGACUGCUUGUCCCAUGAAAUCUGGAUCUACUCUUGCUUGUAGUUCUGGUUCUGCUGGCUCUCCUUUACAGUCAAAGGAGGCUUCUCCUUCUAGUUUGUUGUUUGCUUCUCCUCCGGCAAAGGAGGCUGUGUGUCUCACUAGUGGUUCUGGAUCUGCUCUCGUCGGCUCCAAAGCUACGGGAGACGGUGUCACUCCUGAGAGAAAUUACGCUGAUUUACUCUGCUCAAUUGCAAGAAAUGGGGACCCAAAUUGGCUCUCACAAUCAGGAAGGUUCAGCAGAUCGUAUAAGCGACAAGAAACAGAGUGA